CCGUGCCGGAGGGGGCCUGGCUUGCAGCUCUUCCCGGGCAGGGAAACGCGGAGGAGAAUAAAUGCAAUGUAACUGCGCCGACGUGAUGAGCAGGCGCUCUCCACCUCAAAUGUUGACGGCGGCAGGCUUACAUGGGUUACGAGGAGAGGGUCCGUUAGGUUGGGGCAGCCCAGCGUGCCAGCUAGCAGCUGAUGCAGCAAGUCCCAGAAGUUGCGCUAGAGGCCGGAUUCGUAAUCGCCAAGGACGCGCCAAUGGAGCAGCCCAUCUCCCUGCGCUCUCGGCGGGGCGGCCACGCAAGCGGCACUGGCCAGUCACAGCGAGCCGUGGCCGCCCCUCUCCGCUACGGACUCGGUUUUACGGUGCACAUGGCUGGGACCACGGUCUGGAAUUGUGGAAUCUGGAGGGGCUGUCUGCCAAAGGACGUCAUGCUCCAACUCGCGAAGAAAAAAGAAAAGCAGGCGUCAUUGGGGAAAUGCCUGUAA